GACCAAGAAUUCAUUCCAAAUACAGAGCAGAGCAGAGCAGAGCAGAGUAGUGAGGCAGCCAUGGAGAUGGGAGACAGCUUCGAGUACUACUGGGAGAUGCAGCGUUUGAUAGAAUCCGAGGAGCUCAGCAUGUACCUGGGCGCGCAGGACGACGCACUGUCCUGCUACGACUCCAGCUCGCCGGACGGCUCCAUGUCCAACUCGUCCUGGGCGCCGGCGGUGACGGUGACCGCGGCGGACGACGACAAGGCGGCGGGUGGUGCCGGCGCGGCGGGCGCCAACAAGAACAUCAUCAUGGAGCGCGACCGCCGCCGGAAGCUCAACGAGAAGCUCUACGCGCUGCGCAGCGUCGUGCCCAACAUCACAAAGAUGGACAAGGCGUCGAUCAUCAAGGACGCGAUCGAGUACAUCGAGCAGCUGCAGGCGGAGGAGCGGCGGAUGCUGCAGGAGGUGCGCGCGCUGGAGCCCGCCGGCGGCAGCGACGAGGAGCGCUACGAGUACGACGAGGGCCUCCUCCUGCAGGCGGAGCGGACGAAGAAGAUGAGGCGGGCGCGGUCGGUCCCGUCCAUCGCCGCCGACGGCGCCGCGCCGCCGCCCCCGGCGCCCGUGGAGGUCCUGGAGCUGCGCGUGUCGGAGGUGGGCGAGCGCGUGCUGGUGGUGAGCGUGACGUGCGGCAAGGGGCGCGACGCCAUGGCCCGCGUGUGCCGCGCCGUAGAGGAGCUCCGGCUCCGCGUCAUCACCGCCAGCAUCACCUCCGUCGCGGGGUGCCUCAUGCACACAAUCUUCGUCGAGGUGGAUCAAGGGGACCGUAUCGAGAUGAAGCACAGGAUCGAGGCCGCUCUCACGCAGCUCGACACCACCACCGGGAGCCCACCAAGUGUGAUGAGCUAUUAGGAGGAGAAUAGUCCAAGUCUUGAAUUGACACGAAGAAGCCCUUAUGGUUGUUUGAGGACAUGUAAUUCACCGAGUCAACCGAUGCUUCCAAGAUUCCAUGCUGCCUUUUUUUUUCCCUCAACGCCCCUUGUGUACAUAGGAGGUGAUGGUUGUGCUACCAGGUAGUAGGUCAAGGGCUCUAUGAGAUGUAGCGAAUUAGGAGUCUUUCCAAAUAACAAGUGGUUACAUUAUUGUAUACUAAUAUAGCGCAACCCAAACCAAUCCCUAAUAUUUAUUUUAAAUUUUUGAAAGUUCUUAA